GGUCACACGCAGGCAGUAUUUUCCCCUUCUAGCUGGAAGUCGUCUUCCGUCUCCGUGGUGUCGUUGUGUGGGACGCACUGCUCAGCUCAUCCAGGCCUGUUGUGAAGCGGCACCAACCAAGAGGCAGGGACAGCUGGACUCCACCUGCUGCCCAGACUGCCGGCGGAGACAGGGAGAGCCGGGAACCUGUUAGACAAGCCUGUCAUUUCUGUCGGCUCAUUUACCUGCUGACGUGACCGUUUAGCUGCCGCGCGUCGCCGAAGUCCCCGUUGAAUCCUCGUCUGUGCGACGCAGACAGGACGGCUGAUUUCUACAAGGCUUUUCAGCGCCGUUGCCAAUUUGUGGAUGAGCGACGACUGCUCCGUUCCCCCGGAGAACGGAGUCGGGAGAAGCAGGAUGGACGACGCGGUCUCCCUUAGUCUGCAUAGCAAGUAGGUCUGUGAAUCAGGAGACUGCACGCUUCCCUGUUCUGAUCGGAGGGAGUACACGCGUGAUCAUUUGCUCCUAAAAGGCUUCAUUGAAGACAUUUUAUUCCGCAGGAGCUUUUCUGUUCGACCUCAGUGAGUCUGCUGGCCUUGACCAUUUGCACUCUCCCAGAAGUAGCUCUAUGGACUCCGUGUUGAGCUGGACUCGUCUUGACAAUGAUGCUUGCUCCCGUGAAAGGAAUAUUUAAUAAGGGAAGAAGGCAGAAGACAAUCUGCUAGCUAGUGUUAUUGCUGUCGCCGUUUAACCUCUUUCUGAUUGGCCAGGCUGACUACAGUAACUAAGUUAGGAGGGAGCGUGGUUUCUGAUACGCUCAGUAAUUGCUGAGCUUACUGAUCUUAUUGUGUCGAUGUCAAACACUUUUGAGGUUGGCCUGGAACAGUCCAACCCCCAAACGUCUUUUGAUAACCGCCACUGAAGAGAGAGAGCCAGAAGAACAAGCUGGGGGAAAGCGGAGGAAACGAUGGUGUCUGGGUGACUUUUUCCUUUAUAAAAUCUGGUUAUUUAAAUUCCGUCGACAGCGAAGGACAAUACUGUGACUGCCCGACCUGGCCUUGACCCCCCCCCCCCUCGAUCCAAUGUGGGCUUACUGAUCCCAGCUGCUUCUUUACUGCCCGCUGUUAACCCUACACAGUGAUGUACGACCUGUGCACCAGGCCAGAGCAGCCGUCGGAACCAGAACCGGGUCAUCCUGCACCAGACGCAGACGUGCAUGGGGUCGUUCGGGGAGACAUGGGGUCCCUGGGUCAGCCGGAGCCGCUCCAGCAGGCCGGGGACACUGAGGCAGAGGAUCACCGUGCCAAAGCUACCACCCCCAAUGGUGACUCAAUGAGCGAGGCAGCUCCGGAGACCCCCUCCGCCGUCCCCGCGCUCCACACGGCCGCGCCGGGCAAGAGGCCCUACGAGGAGGUCCAUGGCUGUGAGGUGGGAGGGUUUCUCAAGAAUGGAACUGACUAUGGGUUCCUGGUUCGUCAGAACUCUGAACUGCUGCGAGCGCUGGAUGAGAUGGAGAAAACUUGCACACAUCUGAGAGAGGAGAACGGCCUCUUGCGAAAGAGCAGCACCCCAGAGACUGAGGAGAAGGUCAGACGCCUCCGGAGGAAGAACACAGAGCUGGCUGUCAUCGCCAAGAGGCUGGAGGACAGAGCACGUAAACUCCAGGAGGCCAAUCUCAAAGUGGUGAACGCCCCGGCUCCGCUGCGGCCGGGGGCGGUGGAGCAGUACAAGCGGGCGUUCGCCCGUCAGCGAGCCCGCGACCUGGCGCAGCACGCCGACACGCUCCUCUCCAAGGACAAGGAGAUCGCAGCCCUGCAGCAAGAGUGCUGGCAGCUGGAGGCUCGGCGGGGCACAGCCAAGGACUCCCUGCUUCCUUCUGGCACGCUGGAGUUCCAGAGGCUGCUGAAGGAGUCCCAGAAGGAGGUGCUAAGGCUUCAGAGGCAGCUGUCAAUCUCGUCCUCCAGGCAGGUCACCUCCUCUAAGGAUACCUCCUGUGGGGAGCACAACGGCCACGAUGAGCCCAGCUCACCAAAAGAAGAAGGAGCAGAGAAGGUUGCAGCAGAGACCCCAUGUGUGGCAUUAGAUGAGGCUCCAGCCAGGUGUGAGGACACUCCCAGAGAGGAGGAGUUGGGUCCGCAAGUAACACCGCCCCCGCCGGGCCUCUGCCCCACCCCCACCCCUUGCCCCUCCCACCAGGAACUACACACAGAAGAGCAGCGGAUACAGUUACUGGAACGUGAGCUGAGUAAGAAGAGAAAAGAAUGUGAAAACCUUGAGCAUGAAGUAAGGAAGAGACAGAAGAGAUGCCUGGAUUUGGAGAGCCAGCUUGAGGAUGAGCGGAGCAAAAAUGAGCAACUAGAGGAGGAGGCGGAUCUCCUCAGGAGGAAGGCACAGCUGCUCGACCAGGCCCGGGUUGAGAAUGAGGAGCUGAGGGAAGACCUCUCUGAAGUGACCGCUCAACGUGAUUCAGUUCUCGAGGAGAACCAGAGACUCCGUGCCAAACUGGAGAACCUAGAGCAGGUCCUAAAGCAUAUGCGAGAGGUCGCCGAGCGCAGGCAGCAGCUGGAAUUAGAACAUGAGCAGGCCCUGGCUAUCCUCAAGUUCAAACAGGACGAGAUCAAACGUCUGCAGCGGGCUGAGUUUUUCGCCAAGCGGGAGCAUGAGGGUGUGGUUCAGAUGCUGGAGGACCUGAUUCGGCUUGUGUUGCAGAGGGAGCUGUCUAAGGUGCGGGAGUUGGAGGAUAAAUGUCGCAGUCAGAGUGAGCAGUUCGGCCUGCUCAGCCGUGAGCUGGAGACCUUCAGGCUGCAGGCCGGAAAACUGGACCUGUCAAGCUCUGCCCUUCUCACUAACCCCGCCCUCUGCCAUCUGACCAAUGGGGUGGGCCUUGCCGGGGAGAGAGACGUGGCUGCUACUCUCCGGAUGGGCGCCACCCCUCACGCCGCGGGUCUCACCCGUUCCCCCACCACCAAGCACCGUGAGCUGCCCUCCAUCAGCCUGACCAAGUCCUCCAGCACCCCCAGGUCGGCCCCCGACACCACCCACCUCUCCCCCAAGUCGGCCGAGUCCCACCCCAGUCCGCACCACAGCCCUUGCAGGACAAGCCCCACGCCACAUGAGGUUGACACGGCCAGCGAGGUGGAGGAGCUGGACAUUGACGUGUCCCCGGCACCUUACACAGCCCUCCGAGGAGUGGCCAAGCUGCAGGUGUUCAUCGCCAGAUACAGUUAUAACCCAUAUGAUGGCCCCAAUGACAACCCGGAGGUGGAGUUGCCCCUCACUGCUGGGGAGUACAUCUAUGUUUAUGGUGGAAUGGAUGACGACGGCUUCUAUGAAGGAGAGCUGAUGGACGGACGGAGAGGGCUGGUUCCCUCCAACUUCGUGGAGCGCGUUUCAGACGACGACAUGAUGAGCGCCCACCUUCCGGAGGGCACCGACAUCUCCCACAAUUCCCUGCUGGACAGCAGCCUGCACAGCGUCAGUCACCGCGUCCGCCCGGGGGGCCCCGGAACCUCCGAGAGGACCGACCCCACGUACGCAGCCUCGGCGCCGGGUCCCGUCUCGGUCCACCCAGGGGAGCAGAUCCCCGCCCCCUCGGAGCCCGACCUCCCGGCCCUCCUCUCCCCGGCCCCCCUCACCAACGGUCUGGACCUGGACCUGGAGGUGGGGCUGGACACAGUGCCUUACCCGCGCAAGCUCACCCUCAUCAAGCAGCUGGCCAAGAGCAUCAUCAUCGGCUGGGACGGGCCGCUGGUGCCGGCCGGCUGGGGAAACGUGUGGAGCUACAACGUGUACGUGGACCAGGAGCUGCGGCUCAAUGUUCCCUUUGGCUCCCAGACCAAGGCCGUCCUGGAAAGGCUGGACGUCAACCUCAAGGCCUACCGGGUGUCUGUGCAGAGCCUGACGGAGCGCGGCACUUCGGACCAGCUGCGCUGCUCCAUGCUGGUGGGUAGGGACGUGUGCGUGGCACCGACAGAGCUCCGGGUCGACCGGGUCACGGCCACCUCGGCCAGCGUGGCCUGGCUGCCCAGCAACAGUAACUAUGUGCACAUUGUGUCCUUGAAUGAGGUGGAGGUGGAGCUGGUGAAGGCCAGCAGUUACUCCCUCAGCCUCAGUGACCUCACCCCCAACCAGCACUACACUGUAAGGGUGGAGGCUCGGCCUCAUCUGACCCCCUGGGAGCUGCCCCCGGAGCGGCGGGACCACAAGACAGCCACCACCACCUUUACCACGCUGGCUGCCGGCCCUCCUGACGCUCCUCUGGACGUGCAGCUGGAGCAGGGUCCCUCCCCAGGGAUCGCCCUCAUCAGCUGGCUACCGGUCACCAUCGAUGCUGCCGGGUCUUCCAACGGGGUCCGUGUCACUGGAUACACCAUCUACGCCGACAGCAAAAAGGUGUUGGAGGUGUCGUCCCCCACGGCGGGCAGUGCCCUGAUGGGCCCGUCUCAGAUCCAGUCUUUGAUGGCGGCCCAGGAGCUCACCGUGCGCACCACGUCCGCCCACGGCGAGUCUGCCGACUCACUGCCGGUCAACGUGCCCACCAAGCUUGCCGUCGUCAUGACGGGCCAGGCCUCUGCCUCCUGCUCCUCUACGCCCCCGGUCCAUCAGCCCCCCCCUGUCCACCGGUCACCCCCCGUCCACCAGUCACCGCCCUUCCUGACCUCUUCACCACCCAUUCAGCCCCAACCACAUUCCCACGGGAACUCAGCUGCCAAAGUCUCCAUGUUGCCCUACGCCGCGGCCCCUCCGCCGGCAGAUGUCGCACAAGCCGCGGCCCCCAGCAGAGGGCUGCCGUCUGCCAAUUCUCCCCCGGUCCACGCCCUCCACACAGAGGCCUCCUCUCCGCGCCCCGCCUCCUACGUGGAUGCCUGGGCUAACCCCUUAGCGAAGUCUCCGGACCCCACUCGGACCGCCUUGGCAGUGCACAAGGCCACUGUGUCAUCGCCAAUAGCGCCGGCCUAUCAGGCCAAGUUAGCGCCAGUACCGUCAACGUAUGAGGCAAUGAUGUCACCGCCAAUAGCGCCGGCCUAUCAGACAAUGCUACCAUUAGCCGCUCACAUCAACACGGUGGGUGCGACCUUGCCAACCAACCCUAACCCCGGUCCAGGGCCCGCGGCGUCAGAGGAGAUAAGCCGAGCAGACACCGGGAGUCCCGGGGUUCCACGUAGCGUUAUGUCAAUCACAGACUUCCUUCCGGUGGAUGACUACUCCCGUGCCAUCCUUUCCACCCCCGAGCCCGAUCCCAGCCCAACCAAGGCUCCCGUGGACCCCACAGGCGACCACCAAGGGACCCACCUUCUCCGGCCCCCUAAAGCCCCCUCUCCCCUGGAGUCAGAACCAGACUACUCCAUUGAACGGUCGACUGCACGCCUAGUGUCCAUGGAUGAGUUCCUCAAGCAGGAGCAGGACACCGGCUUCGACACGCAGCCAAAGGGUUAUGCUGGUGGACUGGGGGAGACUCCGUAUGGGGCAGCAGAAGCCAGUAGAGGCUCGGACCUGUCUGAUAUCCUGGAGGAAGAGGAGGACGACCUCUACUCUGACCCUGUUGGGUCUGCCCUGCCUCGAGGGUACACUACUGGAGCUAACAGGUCGGACCAGUGGGACGUGCCGGACAGUGACGAGGAGGUUCUGGAGAGGAUCCUGAAACUACCUCAUGAAGCAGAGGUCUACCAUCAUAAUCAUCAUCGCGACUACAACAAGCACCUGUUCAGCAUCCCUGAGGUCACCGACGAAGAGGACAACAGCCUCGACCGAGACUACAACCAAGGCCGCUACCCCAGGCAGUCCCAAGCGUCUCCUGUCCGCACGCACCUCCACCCAAAUGACCCCCACUACCACAGGCCGCGGCAUCAACCGCAGCCCGCCCCACACCACCAUCACCACGGCGUCCAAGCCGAAGCCACAGAGCCUUUGCCCCGGCAUCCGGGUGGUUUUGGGGCCGCGGCGGGUGCCCGGCCCCGGCACACCGUCCGCUACUCAGACGGCCUCAGCUCCUCCGAGGAGGGGUGUCUACACCCCGGACAUGGCGGAGACACGGGGGCGCGCCGGGCCCACCAGAAGACCCGGCGUGGCGCGGGAGGCAGCGGAUUGGAGACUGUGGCCCUGGUGGGCGGGCUCGGGGACCGGCUCCGACGGGAGGCCCUGCUACGGAGUCAGAUGGCGGUCGCCGCGCUGACGUCACAGGCCCCUGGCCACGCGCCGCGUCCGGGUUCCUACAUGGUCAGCAAGACCGUCCGCACGGUGAAGUCCCCGGUGGGCUCGGUGAUGGAGAUCGACCUGGAGUACGGUACGGACGAGGACGAGCCGUCGCCCUACGACGCCGGGGAGCGAGGGGAGGUGGUUGUGGAACAGAUGAGCUCUGAGUGGUGGGUGGAGGGGGCGCAGCGCCGGGGGAAACCUGCCCUCCAGGCCAUCAACGCUGCUGCCACAGAAUGGGAGAAUGGCAGAGACCCGUUAAUGGAGGCUGCUGUUGGGAGGAGCGGACAGCCUGAUGUCUCUCCUAAGAGGACCAGGACAGAGGUCAGACGGCAGCUAAAAGAGAGCAUGGAGCCUGCACAGCCCGUGGGGGAAAACGAUGUGCGUAUCUUCGUGGCGCUGUUCCCUUAUGACCCGGUCAACAUGUCCCCCAACCCCGACGCCGCUGAGGAGGAACUGCCCUUCAAGGAGGGACAGAUCAUCAAGGUCUACGGGGACAAAGAUCCGGACGGGUUCUACUGCGGAGAGUCCAACGGUCGCCAUGGUUACGUGCCGUGCAACAUGGUCUCGGAGAUCCAGGUGGAGGACGAGGAGACCAGGGAAACGCUCCUGAGACAGGGCUUCCUGUCCACCGCCGCCAGCAUGGACAGGAUGGGCACUCGCUCACAUGCACAGCUUCCGCGUCGCCCUGUCCCACCACCGAAACCCAGACGCUCCAAGAAAGCGUCCUCUCCACGAGCCGUCUUCCCUUCAGCAGAUUUCUGUGGCGUGGGAGUCCAGGGUGAAAGUUUCAACUGCUCUUCUCUCCCUUCCCCGCCCCCAUCUUCUCCUCCAGUGGAGCCUGUUGCAUUGUGGGAAGAUAGCUUAGACUGCUCCAGCCAAGAUCCUAGCCAGUCUGGCGUCGCCACAGCGAUCGUGGCGGGCUCCGCGGCUCGCCGGAUGAAGGCCAUCUUUGAUUACGACCCUCGGGAGAGUUCUCCCAACGCCGACAUUGAGGCUGAGCUGACCUUCAGUGCUGGGGACAUCAUCUAUGUGUUUGGUGACAUGGAUGAUGAUGGCUUCUUCUAUGGCGACCUAAAUGGACACAAAGGCCUGGUCCCAUCUAACUUCCUUCAAGCUGCCCCAGAGGCUGCUGGGAAAUGUCCUUCCUCUGACCCUCAGCCUCCACCCCAGCCUGUGUCCCAGCCCAGGAGAGAAUCACAGGUGAGCCCGAGCCCCCAGAUGGACCGGCCCACACCAGAGGAGGUACCCCCCACAACACUAAACACAGGCCAGAGUGGCCCAGUCCCAACACCAACCCAACGUCUGGAUCCGUCCUCCGCGGACCCUGGCUCGAUCCACCCCACCCCAGCCCCGAGACAAGCCACCCCCAGCACCCCUCCACCCCACGUCCAAGAGGACAGCCCCUCCCGGGCAGACCAGAGGGGCACGUCCCCCCCGGGGAAGAAAAAGAAAGGCUUCUUCUCCAAAGGGAAGAAGCUUUUCAAAAAGCUGGGAUCCAACAAGAAGGAUUGAAUUGUGAGCCUGGUAACUCUUGACACUUUUGUUCCAAGCACUUUGUAGAUGUUUUGCUGGUAGCUUUUUGGUUCUAGUUGCUGUUGUCUCUGUCCGUGUUGUAAGUUUAGCUUCACUAUUCAGUAAGUACCAAUACACUAGCCUGGCCCUGGCUGACGGUAUUCACAUCUUCAAUUGGCUUCCUUUCUAAUCCUACUAGACCAGUGGUCAGGCAUCAGAGGCAUCCUAUUCCCUGUGAAGUACACUACUCUGGGAAGAUGCUGUGUUCAGACCUGGUCGUUGUCCUGUAGAAGACGUGGCAGCGUAGCUGAGAGCAUGCUAACAAGCAUGCUAAUGCUUUUCACCUGCUGUCAUAUGCUGCGCUAACAGACUCCUCUGAAUGCACACCGAUGAAUUGAUACGUGCUCUGUCUGUGAGAGUGUGUACAUUAAGUCAAUCUGGACGGUGUCUCUGGGGGAGAUCGGAUCUGCUUGGAGUUGAUCAGAUUUAACGUUGCUGCUCUACUCUUUCUUAAAGCCCUGUUUGUCUGUGGCUGGUUUCAACGGGUCCUUUGUCCCAAUCUUAACCUGAUCUUGUCUGUUUACACUCAUGGGUUCUGAUCACAAUGCGUCUUUUAUUACUCGACAAUUAGAAUGUGGAUAAGAUCGGGGUAAAUUACACAUUAGGACCAGGUGUGAACAGGGCUUUUGACAGGAGGCCUAAUGACCACAGUGGGAUCAAACCACCAUCAGAUGUCCAACACUGUUAAGUCUCUUCAUCUGUCAUUGAUCAGAAACAUCUGUUGUACAUGUAUUUCACACCUCAUACAGGUGGGUCAGUGAUUCCCUAUGUCUUAUUUUAAAAGGAUCGUAACUCUGUUUUUAAUCGCACACAGUCUUUCACAAGUUAUUCAUUUCAAAGCUGAGUGGAAGUUAUCUCUUUAACAACAGCUGUGUCUAUUUAAUUCAGUUGACAACCAUGUUAUUUAUUUUAGAGAUCUCUGUGUUUAGGAGUGCUAUGUAUGGUUUAUUUUAUUUUAAAACACUUCCUGAAGUGUGUAGAAAAGGCGAGACUGUUGAUGAUGAGAAUUAAACCUGUGUUUGCCUUGGGGAUAUUUUGCCGGUCCUCAUGAGAGAAAAGGUCAUUUUGGAGUCUGGGGUUAAUGGAAAGGGAAAGCUAAAUUGUUUUUAAAGUGGGAAUAUUUUAUGGGAGGCCCACAAAGAUAGUAGUGUGUGUGUGUCUGUGUUUUAGGUCUAACUAUACUCAUGGGGACCAAAUGUCCUCAUGAUUAUAGUAAAACCAGAAAAGAUUUGGUCCCCAUGAGGCAAAAGUCAAUUUUCAGCUCAGGUUUUAGGUUCAGGGUCAAACUUACGAUUCAUUUUAGAGUUAGAAUUGGGGUUUCUUUUAUGGUCCAGGUCUUGUUGGUUAAGUUUAGGGUUAAGGUUAGGCAUUACAUCUAGGUAAAGU